AUGUUCCUUGACCGAUUUGGUGAUGACAUUAACUGGAUACCAUGGGAAGAAGCGUUUUCAAAAGCAAAAUCACUCAACAAGCCAAUCUUUUUACUGAUACACAAAACCUGGUGCGGAGCUUGUCAAGCACUGAAAGGUGAAUUUAAGAAUUCAAAUCGCCGGGAUGAACUGGUUAAACUGUCAAAAAAGUUUGUGAUGGUGAAUACGGAAGAUGACGAAGAACCAGAAAGCGAAAAAUAUGCGCCGGACGGUGGCUAUAUACCGCGAAUAUUCUUUCUCGGCUAG